ACUGUUUCUUUGGAGGUAGCAGAUGUCAUAUAAAGAUCGUUGCUGUCAUUACGGCGAGAAAAACUCUUCAUUUUAGAUUUGCAAAUUUGUUGCUGAAAGUGUGUUGAGCUAUGUUCAUCAUUUGUUAGUUCUACGAAUGUUAAUUCAAUUAAAAGCCAGAGAAGUGUGAUUCAUUUGGUGACACAAAUAAGGUGUCUAACAAGUAUUAAAAAUGGAGAACACAUCAUAUGGAAUAAAUGUGGCCAAUCGGUAUGACCUUUUCUCAAUCGACGAUGAGGGUGACGAUCCUUUCGAAACUGUAACUCAAAAGAAGCAAAAAAAUCAAAAGAAAACCCAGGUCAUUCUUCCGUCGACAAACGAAAAUACUGUUGCAAAGCCAGCUGCGAAAAAAGUGAAAAACGCGGAAAAAGAGAACAAAACCACGCAAAACAAAACUUUCAAUAAUGAAAAUCGUCAUCCUGAUAAAUACGAAGAAUCGAAGAACUCUACUGCAAUAAAUAACUCUAAUUUACAUAAUCAGCGUGGGGAAAAGCAUGGUAUUAAAGAAACCCAGAAAGAUAACAUUCGCACAACACGUGAAGAUGGAAACAAAAAUGGCUACCUAGGAAAAAAUACUGAACGACGCCAAAUUAAUAAGAGUAACUAUGCAGGUACUGAAAACCGUGAAGACAAAAAUAAUCGAAAGAAUCGCGAAGCAGGAAACGAUGAAAAUGGCACUCGUAAAUCACAGACCGGAAACAAACGUUUUGAUGUCCGUGGUAAGCGAGAAUUUGAUCGUCAAUCUGGUUCUAACAAAACUGGUGUAAAAGCUGUCGAAAAACGAGAUGGAAAUGGUUCUCAUAAUUGGGGAAGUGCUAAACAAGAUGCAAAGGAGUUCAACAAUUUCCAGGAGGAAUAUUUGCCACAUGAAACAGAAGAAGAAAAGGGGCAAAUAUCUGACCAGGCUAAGGAAGAACAAAAUGAGCAAAAUGAUGCUAAGCCCGUAGAGGAAGAACUCAAGGAAAUGACCCUGGAUGAAUGGAAAGCUCAGAUUGCUGCUGCAAGGUCAAAGCCGCAGUACAACUUAAGGAAAGCUGGAGAGGGUGAAAAUGCAGCUCAAUGGGACAAAAUGGUUGCAUUAGAUAAGAAAAAGUCCGAAACAGCUGAAACAGAAGAGGAAAAUGAGACUCAGAAAACAGGCAAACAAAAACAGGUCCUUGAUAUCGAAUUCCAUUUCAACGAUGGGCGGCGUGGUGGAUUAAUGGGCCGACCAAGGGGACGAGGUGGAAAAGGAGCACCAAGAAAUCCAGGCAGACGUGAAGGAGAGAAAAAAGAUACGAACGAGCCACGUGAAAACGAACCAGAAAAACGAGACCGGCGCACUCGCCCAUCACAAACGAAUGAAGGUACCUUCAAAGCUAAACAAAGUUCACGUUUUAAUAAGAACACUGCUCCAAAAGUUGACGAUGAGCAUGAUUUUCCUUCGUUAGGCUGAACGUUUACUUCAAGUUGCAGCAUAUGAUGAUGAAGAAUUGUACGAUACAUUUCAUGAACACUUGCUUACUUUCAGACCAGUUGGUUUCUUUAAAGAAAUAUUCACAAAUUAUUGAAAAUGGUGAGAAUAAUUCAUAUAUCGAUCUACAAUGCUGUAACAUGUAACAACAAAAAUCUUCAAAGAAAAAAAAAAUAAAAUACUAAGUACAUCAUA